AUGUCUUUCCCAACUGCCAGUCCAACAGGCAGCCCUCCUUCUCCUCCUCCGCAACCCAUCGAACCCCCGAUCCUCCUCCAAUCCGAGCGCCACAAGACCUACUAUGAAAGCACCCGACUCGCGCGGCGCCGCUACGAGCACGCCACCCUCCGCGAGGGUCUGCAGCGGGGAUUAUCGCUCUGGAGCAUUCUGGCCAUAUUAUCGGGUGGUGGGCGUGAGGAUGCCCACGCCCCCUACCGCGGAAGGAGAUUGCAUCCUUGCAGGGUGACGAGCCACAGCCACGGGCAUCGACUUGAGGGCCGCAGCAUUGGUUGCGCACCCACAGCCAUGCAUUACGCCCACCCCCACACCCACAACGACCCUCCGCUCGAAAGACACGAGCAUCAGAAUCAUCUCAACAUGUUUCCAUCUUCAUCUCCCUAUCGGCAGAGCCAGCUCGCCAUUCACCAUCGCAGGACAACUGAAUAUUCCACCAGCAGCACCAGCAGCACCAGCAGCAAUACAACCCCCUCCCCACCCCGCCUACCCCACCAUCAAUAUCACCACCAGCGACAUAACAACCACCACAACCAGAUGCACAAUAACUCAACCCCAGCCCCAACUCAGACCCACGACCAUCCUCCCAGAAACCAAAUCAACCCUCUCUUCACCUUCACCAUCAAUCCCCCCCUCAUCACCCCGGAUAGCUCCUACUUCGCCCGCGUCUCGGACUACCGGGUGCGCAGCCGGAAGCGGCCGUGGGAGGGGGACCGGAGCUGGGAUCGGAGCUUUUUGUGUCGGGCUUAUAAGCGGCGGCGGGGUGGGGGUGGGGGUGGUCCUGGGACUUUAGGUGUUGGGUUGGGCGGGGAUGGGAGGAGAGUGCGUGGUGGAGGGGCCGUGGUGUUGGAGAGGGGGAUUGUUUGGGAGAUGGGGGGUGGUGGUUCUGGCGGUGGGAUUGGGGAGGGGGAUUGGGAGGGGGAUGAUGGGCUUGGGGAGGCUAAUGGGGAUGGAAAUGCGGGGAGGUGGCGGUAUUGGGUUCCUGUUUAG